UAUGUUACUAUAGUAGUGGAAACAUUACAGUAUAUAAGGCUAGCGUAUCGACAGCAAUAUCACAGUCAACAUCCAGCAACUUCUUCAUUAACUCAACAAUUUCAAGAUGUCGUACAGAACUUCUACUGUUGAUUCUGGAUCAGAGAACGACUUUGAAGGAUUCGUAGACAUGAAAAUGAAGCCUUCGACUUCGAAACAAACUAAGACGGCUUACAAAAGAGGAGCUGAAAAAGCGAUUGAUAAGAAAAAUAACAAAAAAAAUAAACAGGCAAAAACAAGUUCAUCUUACAGAGAAAUCUUAGAAGAGAAGUUGCGGGCGGAAGAUUAUGACGAAGAAAUCUUCAACACAAUUACAUUCAGGCAGGGAGAUGGUUUGGCUACCAUUAAAAGUUUAUUUAAUCCAGAAGAGAUUGGGACCGACUACUGGACAAUAACACACUACAAGUGUAAAAACAUUAAAAAUGUUCCUCAAAAGGAGAGGUAAAUACUAUACUUUUGUUUACUUUUUACUUAUAAUGAAAAAAAAAAAAAUAAUAAUCUACUUCUAUUCACUGUUCAGCUGAUUGAAUAAUUAAUUUAUGUUGCAGGUGGCGUCACUCUGAGGCAACUGUUAAGAUAACGACUUCUGAUAAGUCAAAAGACCAGGCAGUGAAUAACAGUUUGAAUGAGACCAUGCAGGUCAUCUUUGACGUAAUAUUGAAAGACCCUGAACGUCGGACUAUAAGAAGUAAAUUAGCUGCAUGAUAAUUGGUGUAAUAUAAAAUAAUUUUUAUCUAAAUAAAUAAACAAUAUAUAAAUAUAAAAAUAAUUUGUAUUUAAUAAAUAAACAAUAUAUAAAUAUAAAUG